CUUAAGGUGGCCUUGCAUUCUCUUUGGCUCGUGCAAACAGAGGAGCCAGCUGGUUGCAGAAGGCGGGGAUUGCCUUGCAGAGCCAAAGUCACCAGGCUUCCCCGAGCCGGGAAGGAUGGAGGAGAGGAGAGGAAUUGGCGGCCUCCUGCAUAAGAGAGAUUCUGGAGAAAUCGAAGCGCCCAGGAACGUCAGCUCAGAAGUCCUCCGCACAUCCAGAUAUACCGAGGAGGGAAGUUUUCCAGAAGAAGAGGCCAAGAAACCAAACGGAACCACCGGCAGGGCAGCGAAAGGAGCCAUUUUUCAGUGCGCCGGCCGGAGAAGGAGUUUCCCCCGAUGGCACAGACUGGCAGUGAGGAACCAGAAGAUGCCCCCAGAGGAGGAGGAAGAAGAAGAUGACCCCAUCUCCGGAGGAAGCAGGGGCUUGUGCACCAAUGGCACAGGAAGGGAGGACUUGGCGGGUGAAGAGCUGCGCGGCGCCGUCCGAGUUGGGGAGAGCAAAGCGAUCCAGAGAACGGGCGCCGCGGAAGGAGACUUCACCGGCAGGGAGUGUGGGAAAGGCUUUGCCUGGCGGUCGUCGCUGAACACCCACAAGCGCACCCACACCGGGGAGAAGCCCUUCGGGUGGCAGGCGUGCGGGAGGAGCUUCGGCCAGAGGCCCAACCUGCUGUGCCACCUGCGCAACCACACCGGGGAGCGGCCCUUCCAGUGCGCCAGGUGCCGGCGCCGCUUCCGCCAGAAGCAGCACCUCGCCAAGCACCGGCGGACCCACUUUCGGGCGCGGCCGGGCCCCCACGCCUGCCCCGAGUGCCAGCGGAGCUUCAGCAACAAAGCGGUGCUGGGUCUCCACCGCCGGGUCCACGCCCGCCAGCGCUGGCUGGUUUUCCAGGAGCUGAAGCAGGCCUACCGGAAGACAGUGGCGAGGCAGCGGGAGGAGGCGCGGGCCAGCCUGAGCUGGGCGGUGGCGCGGCCCAAGGGGCGCCGCCGGGGGGUGAAGAAGUUCAUCUGCAGCGAGUGCGGCAAAGGCUUCACCUGGUGGUCGUCGCUGAGCAUCCACCAGCGCAUCCACACGGGCGAGAAGCCUUUCCCGUGCGCCCAGUGCGGCAAGAGCUUCACCCAGAAGCCCAACCUCCUGCGCCACCUCCGCUACCACAGCGGCGAGAGGCCCCACGCCUGCACCCAGUGCGGGAAAGGCUUCACGCAGAAGCAGCACCUGCUCAAGCACCAGCGGACCCACGCAGCGGAGAAGGGCUUCCAGUGCCACGGCUGCGGGCAGACCUUCCCCACCAAGGGGAGCCUCGCGGGGCACCAGAGGGCCGGCCACGCGGGAUCCGAGGGCCUGGCGGAGGAGGGCGGGGGCCGCUUCGCUCUGGGGCACCCGGAGAGCUUGGAGGCGGUGGUGGGAUCGCUGGUGGCCGGCGGGCAGGGCCUUUUCCGCCCCGCUGAGGUGCCCGAUGUCGGGCAGCCGGUCCUGAUCGUCGAGCCGGGGACUCGGCCGCUGGCUCUCUCGCAGACGAAGAAGGGGGUCUUCUGGAAGCCCGAGCUCCCCAAGCCCCCCGCCCCGGAGCAGAAGCAGUACAUCUGCAACGAGUGCGGGAAAGGCUUCGUGUCGUGGUCGGCGCUGACCAUCCACCGCAGGAUCCACACCGGCGAGAGGCCUUACCAGUGCGGCGAGUGCGGGAAGCGCUUCAGCCAGAAGCCCAACCUGGUCAGGCACCAGCGCUACCACACGGGGGAGAAGCCCUACCCCUGCGCCGAGUGCGGGAAGCGCUUCGUCCAAAAGCACCACCUCGCCAAGCACCAGCGGGUGCACGGGAAGGGCGCCCCACAAGGGCCGGCACCCGAUCUGAAGGUGGAGGCGCGAUAGGGACCACCCCGGCUCG